AUGGCAGCCUCCAAAGGUAAAGAGGUCGCCCACAUCACACCUCUGAAAAUCCAAGCUCCAAUCAUAAUUCCUCCAUCAUAUACAAUACAAACACCAUCCGAAUCCUUCGCCGACCCUUCUUACGGCGUUGUGACCUGGCACACUCUCUUCUCUCAACCUCCUUCGCCAGACUCAGAGCUGUGUGCCGGCAUCGCAAAUUGUCCACCGGGGAAUGGCCAUCUCUGCGCCCACCGCCAUGUCCAGGCCGAAAUCUACUACAUCAUCGAAGGAGAAGGUGAGGUUACAAUCGACGGCGUCAAGCACCACGUGAUGAAAGGAAGCUCGAUCUUCAUUCCCUCGAAUGCUGAGCAUGCAACCGUCAAUACGGGAACCGGGCAGUUACGGUGGUUCUAUGUGUUUCCCACUUCUGCGUUUGAGAAUGUGGUUUAUAGGUUCAGCAAGGACGAAAGGCCUGAGGCGAAGCUUUAA